CAGUGAUUCGAAGCAGUGACUCGUAGAGCAGGUCACGCGCUCCCUCCCGACCACACAAGCUACUGAGGAAAUGGCCGUGCGCUUUCUGUCCGUAACGAGAAGAUACCCCGUCGAUUUGUGCAGGUUAACGCCAAGUGCAGUCAACAGGUCCGUCGUAGGCCUCUUCAGCACUGCAGCCGAACAUCAUAGUGCUGGUGAUGACUGCCAUGGUGACGAUGGAGAUGAUGACCACAGUCACUCUGUGACACAUAUCAGGACCUUAGAGACGAGAGCUAGAAAACUAGAAGAGCAGGUUCACGACCUCACAGAGAGAUACAAACGAGCCCUCGCUGACUCGGACAGUGUCAGAAGAAGAACACAGAAAUAUGUUGAGGACGCCAAACUAUUUGGGAUUCAGAGUUUCUGCCGUGACAUUGUGGAGGUGGCAGACCUGUUGGAGAAGGUUGAGGAGGGAGAUGGAGUACAGCAGCUGACACAAUACAUGGCACACAUACAGGGACGGCUGCAGGACAUCUUUACCAAGCAUGGACUGGAGAAGAUGAGGCCUGUGGGGUCCACCUAUGACCCAUAUCAGCAUGAAAUAGUCUGUCAUACUCCAGCAGAGGGAGUGGAGCCCGGCUCCAUAGCUGUGGUGAAACAAGACGGUUACAUGCUGCACGGACGUACCAUCCGUCAUGCCCUCGUGGGCAUCGCUGUGAAGACACAGGAGCAGUGACAGGGCCUUAGUUCAGUCCUCUCAUGCUUAGGUUUUUUUACACUCUCUCUCUUAAUAUGUAUUGUUCUUACAUCUCUAGACAACUACAUGUUUGACUUACUCUUUGAAGUAAUGGUUAUUUAUAUGUAUUUAUAAUUUUUUUUUCCCUAAUGUGUAAUUUACACAUUAAUCAGGCUUUUUUGUCACUUUUUUUUGUUUUGAACCCCAGAUUUACAGAAUGUCCAAUGCAGUUAAAUGUUUGGAAAGAGUCAUUAUUUUCUUUUGUGUGUUAAAGGAACUAUUUGUGGUGUAAUAGGAAUCGUAGUGUCAAAAUGCCCCCGAAAAUGCACUUUACACCUUUGUCAUGGUGGUUUGUGUGAGUGAUUAUUAGUUUCGGAGCUUAAGGGAUAAAGCAGUAAUGACUUUUAUACGAAAGUAACACUUUAUAAUGAGAUUCUACAUGUUUAACACUAGUUAAUGAAGUAGGUAUCAUGAUUUAACAAUGAACAGCCAUGUUUACAGCAUUCUCUGGUCUUGAUUAAUGUUAAUUUAAGAAUACUACUACUUCAUAUUAAUUUGUUUUAACAUUAAACUAAUGUUAAUGCAUAGUGUUAUUUUAACGUUACCAGAAAGUCUGUCUGUUGUGAAAUGUCAAGUUUUAUAGGCCACCAGUACCCAAAACUAAUGCUAAGAGAUUUCUCUUUGAGGGGAGGAAUGCACAUAAGAUUUACAUGUAUCCAAAGUGGAAUUGAACAAUGUUAUUUGGGAGAUAUAAUGAACAUAAAAAGUAUUUAUAUGUAUUUAUUUGAUUUGUAAUAGGUUUCCCUGAUUUUUUUUUUUUUUGUAGUUGAGAAGAAAACUGUAAGCUAUUUUCUUUAAGGUUUUUACAGAAGUAUUCUUUGUAAAUGUUUCAGACGAUUCGUUUUGAGUGUAUGUGUGCAAGGCAGAUGUUAUGGCUGAAUAAAAUCUCACAAUUUGUUCA